AUGAGCGUCCACGCGGUCGAUUAUGCGCACCAUGGCGCGAUGCGUUCGGGCGACAUACAUACGGUUGACAUCGAGCUGGGUCGCCGGUCGUCUUACUCGCAGAGAUCGCCAACGAGGAAGGACGAGACUGAGACGUUCACCACCGCUGCCGCACGAGUCAAUUCCACCGACACAACCAAACAACGCCGGGUGCGCCGCUCCAACACCGCCCGCUCCUAUCGUCCAGAAAGCAUACUUCACGACCCCAAUUGGCAACCCGGCACAGAGCCCGGUAUUGACCCGACCAAGCCAUUUCCUCCCCACGGUUCAGAAUGGGCUGCAAAUGUGCCAACAGACUUACACCGGCACUGCGAAAUAACUGUGGUGGACUUUUCACAACAUGAGAUGCGGCAGUACGAGUUGGAUAAUAGUACACUCGAGCAAUUUUUAGAGCGCGAGCGAGAACCAUGGGUCCAAUGCCGCUGGAUCAAUGUCAAUGGCUUAAGCUGGGACGUGAUCAAGACUCUGGGAAAUCACAAGGGAAUUCACAGGCUGGCGAUUGAGGAUCUGGUCCACACUACCAAUCGCACCAAGGCCGACUGGUAUUCGGAUCAUGCGUUCGUUGUACUGACGUUACAGAAGCUGGUGAAACUCCAUCAGGAGCUCAGUGACUCCGAUGAUGAAGACGACAAGCCGAAUGGGAAUGGCAGGUUCAAGGAACGGCAGAGCUCGGUUUCAAGCGACAAAAGCUCGAUCUCUAUGAAGCGGCAUGGCAAAAAGAAUAUUGUUCUCGCAGCGCUGAAGGAUCUCUUUCAGCCCACCCAACCGAGCCAACGGCAUAACAACCAGAGAACGACGGUCGGAUCCAGUGUUCGUCCUGGAAUAGGCCGGCCAUCCUCGCGAGAAGCCUCCCAGUUCGGAAAUGUGGCUGCUUCGAUGGGGACCACCGGACGAAGUCUACAGCGCUAUCGUGGCGGCCCUAACGAGGACCGGAUUGGGUUCAUGGAGCGUCAUGCCGUGCUAGCAGCGAAGGGAUUAUGUGUCACAUUGGAGCAGGUCUCCAUCUUCCUUCAUGCAGAUAACACCGUUACAUCCUUUUUCGAGACAAGUGCCGACGACAUCGAGGCGCCCAUCGUCAAGCGUCUCAGUUCCCCAGAAACAAUCCUCCGACAGUCGUGCGAUGCCAGCAUGCUUAUGCAGGCUAUCCUCGAUGCAAUUAUCGAUCUUGCCAUCCCCGUCACAAUGGCCUACCAAGACGCAAUCGGUGACCUGGAACUGGAGGUCCUGACCGAUCCGGAUAUCGACCAGUCCAAGUUUCUGUACAUUUUGACAUCUGAGAUUGCCGUUUUGCGCAAUGCCAUGCAGCCCAUCGUGGCGGUCAUCAACGCACUUCGUGACCAUCGGUCUGAGCCCAUCAGCACCCCCGGCUUGGGCAUCCUGCGAGGGAACAGUCCAUUCAGCCCGUCCGGGACCCCAGGAGACAUAUCCGAUCAUCGUUCACACAUCGGCGUUAUGACACCAAACCUGAAGAGUAUAGGCGGCACGAGCGUCAGCAUUAGCUCCAUGUGCCAUACCUACCUCGGCGAUGCUUUGGAUCAUUGUAUUACUAUUGUGGAAGGAUAUGAUCAGAUGCGGCGUGCUGCCGACAACAUGAUUGAUCUUAUUUUCAAUACUAUUGGUGCCUACCAAAACGAGAGCAUGAAGCAGUUGACGAUCGUCACCUGUCUUUAUCUGCCACUGACUUUCUUGACUGGUUACUUUGGGAUGAACUUCAAAGAUUUUGCUGGAAUCAAAAACAGCGACUCGUAUUUCUGGAAGAUUGCGGUGCCAUUUGUGGUUGUCACGACUCUGUUGCUGAUGCGCGACAAAAUCCAACGAUACGCCGUGAUGCUCGCUCAGAGACGCUUGAUCGUCAGCUCUAGAAAGCAGCGACGGGAGCAGAAACAAAGAUAG